CAAUUUUUCUGCACACUUUCAUUAUUCUGGUGAUAUUCAUUAUAAAAAAGUAAUUAAGAGGGGAAGAAAAUUUAAUCAAAUUUGCUGUAUUUGGGCAAUGAACGCAUACGUUAUUCGUGUCGAGGGCCUACACUAUUAGACAAAGACAAUUCCAAUUCUUAUAAGUAAACUAGUGUACGAAAACAUCACACCCAACCAAUCAACAUAACCACCGCAUAAAUUUCGCCACGCUCACAAUCCUACGUCCAACAGUACCACAACAACUCUCACUUGUCACCAUCUUCCAUCACCACCACAACCCUAAAAUAACAACUGCUAUUACAACUUCCACCAACGUCACAACCAAAUACAAACUUUCGGUCAAGGAUACUGUACACCUGCGUCUUACCGAAGGCGCCUGUACAGUAGACAUUUAGAAACGACAUCAUUAAGAAACAGAACAGAGCCCUUCCAUGCACCGUGGCCAAGAUGUAUGGGAAGGGUAAGACGGCUAUUGAAUCUGAUGAACAACAAAAAUUGCGAUGGCAAGUUGAACUGGAAUUCGUACAGUGUCUAGCCAAUCCCAACUAUUUAAACUUCUUAGCCCAGCGCGGCUACUUCAAAGACCAAGCGUUCAUCAAUUAUCUUAAAUAUCUUCAGUAUUGGAAAGAGCCCGAAUAUGCUAAAUAUCUAAUGUAUCCUAUGUGUUUGUAUUUUCUGGAUCUUUUGCAAUACGAACAUUUUCGUCGUGAGAUUGUUAAUUCGCAAUGCUGCAAAUUUAUCGAUGAUCAAGCUAUUUUACAGUGGCAACAUUAUACUCGCAAACGUAUAAAAAUGUUUAAUAGUGUCAAUGGUAUGGGCCAAAUGAAUGCCGAUGCGGCUCCAAUGGACCCACAACAAUUACAACAACAAAAUAUGCAGCAAAAUCAACAGAAUCAGCAGCAGCAGCAACAUCAACAACAAGGACAACAACAGGGUGUUGCCAAUGCGCCCGUUGGAUUACAAAAUGGCAUUGUUAAUAAUGUACAAUUACAGCAGCAACAGCAACAACAACAACAACAACAACAACAACAACAGCCGGCACAGCAAGUGCAACAACAACAAAGCGUUGGCAAUGCGGUAUUAGGCAUGCCAAAUGGCAACAACAACUCCUCCGCUAAUAGUAAUAACUGAGCAUAAUGCUCAAUGAUAAUCCAUUUUCCUCCAACUAGUUAGUAAUUUAUUUAAAUAUUGUAAAAUUUAAAAAGCAAUAUUAAAAGCAUUGGUCUCUUUCAAUUUGCGUAAAAGUGUUUUAUUUUACCUUUUUUCAACAUUUAUAUGUUUGUGUAAUGUAUAUUAUGUAACAAAACUUUAGCAGAAGUAAUAAACUAAUUUACAUAUGUUC